AUCAUUUUUAAGUCUAUUAUUGACUGAAAGCUGUUGUGAUUUUUAUCAUGACAUCUAAUCUUAGUCAUCAAGUGGAGCCGGCUGAUCGCGAGAAGGAAGCUUCAGCCAGGCCAAACCAUCCUGAACAGGUCGUACUCAGCUUACAACAACUUCUUACAUUUCCUACCGAAAUCCCUUAUUUCUUGUUAUUAGCAUUCAGAAGCGAACCUUGGCAAAUUCUUCACAAUCCCAAUCCAAGCCGCGCGCAUAAUCCCGGUCUCUGUACUUCACAAUGCCAAAAGAGAAGAAUUACAACCCUGUGCAGGCUCAGCGCAAAGCUGACAAGGCGAAAGCUCUCAAGAAAGGCAAGCAUGAAAGACAAGAACGCUUAAACGAGAAGCUGUCGCGAAAGAACCCCGAGCGCAUUCAAAAACAGAUUGACGACCUCAAGAAAAUCACAUCAAGCGGUGGCAAGCUUACUCGUCACGAGGAACAAACAUUAGAAGGGCUCGAAAAGGAACUUAAAGCAGUGAAGAAGGCCAGAGAAGCACUGGGCGACAAAGCACCAGCAUUCAGUCGAGGAUGGAACAGAGAUCACGAUUCAGGAUCUGGGGUAUUAGGGAAGAGGCGCAGAGGUUCUAAUGAUGCUACUACAAGCGACGAAGAAGUCCCCGACGACGUCAAGAGUAUUCCUAUGCCUCGGGAUACGCCACCACCGAUUCCCAAAGAAGUCAUGGACAAAUGGUAUGCUGAACGACGAGCAAGGAGGGCUGCAGAGAACCCAACAAGACCAGACGGCGAGGACAAACAACAAAGAAAGGAAGCGCCAGUCGUUGAAGCGAAAACAGUAUACGAGGCAAAGCCUGUGGUGCGCGAUCUCAGGAAAGAAGCUGUUUCGGCAUUUGUGCCUACGGCAGUUAAGAUGAAGAUGAACAAAGGACAAGGCCAAGGAGGAUUGAUAGAGCCGGAAGAAGCAGAUCGACUAGAACAAGAGGGCUAUCUCAAAACGGGAGAUCGCAAUACGGAAGCAAAACCCGAUCAAGGCCAAUCAUCACGGCAUGUGACUAUGGAGGAUGUGGAAGACGAGGAGGCUUGAUUCUGGAGCGGAGAAUGCUUCCCAA